AUGGUGGAUGUGCUCUACUCUUGGCUGCCUUCUAAUUGUAGCAGAUGUGGGCAAUUGGGUCACAAAGCAUCUCGUUGUCUUCUUCUACAAACAGAUAAGUCAUGUCGAGCAGCAUCAACUACAGUUCCACAUGUUUUUGAGAAGUCCAUGGUCGAUGCUAUAGUUAUUGCAGCUGCGACCGACCCAAAAGCCUUAACGGUCACUGUAAUGGGAGAAGCAACAAUGGAGGAGCUGGAAUCUGCUUCAAAUAUGGCUUCUGUUCAAACAUCUGUCCCUAUUUCUACCACAACUAAGGCCGUCAUUCCAGUGGCUAUAGGUACUAAUUUGACAAACUCCAACACUAUACAUUCUCGUGAGAGAGCUUGUAUUACCAUUAACAACAGAUCUGAACUGGCCCCAUCAAAAGAGGUCGUCACUCCAAAACAAGUAUCACCUCCAACUAUUCAAGUUGAGCACUCUAUUCCAAGGUCCCCUUCUAACUUGUCACUGAGUAACAACAGAUUUCCAUCCUUUUUAGAGGAUGAAGAAGAACCAGCAGAUAGCGAUAAUGAACCUGAACAGAUGGAUUUCUUGACUCCUUCGGGUAAGAGAAUUCUUCGGGAAAGGCCAGUUAAACCGUCUGCAAAAGUUAAGGAAAUGCAGUGGCAGUUAGUUGGAAGUGGACGUGGAAACCGUGGUCGAGGCAACAGAGGUGACCGUGGCUAG